AUGAACUGCAUUGGGCAACUGUUUGGACAGGUUGCCACGAAUAAUUCACCUCAAUACCACUCAGUCAUACCACGCAAUAACCUUACAUCUGCUCAAAAGAAUGAUAUAUUCAAAUCUCUGGCAAAAUACGAAUCCCAAUAUAAUGCCAAUGAAUCUAUGAUCAAGCAAAGUUACACAUGGACAUACGGAACUUAUCAUACGGUUUAUAAAGGCAAUACAGUUCAUCGAACACGCAAUGCAGCUGAGUAUGCAGUUAAUUUAUUCGAUAGUGGUAAUGCUACAAUGGAGAAGCGCGGAUUUGACGUCCUACGCAAAGUUCUGUCCUUACAAGACACCAAUUCAAGNAAAUACGAAUCCCAAUAUAAUGCCAAUGAAUCUAUGAUCAAGCAAAGUUACACAUGGACAUACGGAACUUAUCAUACGGUUUAUAAAGGCAAUACAGUUCAUCGAACACGCAAUGCAGCUGAGUAUGCAGUUAAUUUAUUCGAUAGUGGUAAUGCUACAAUGGAGAAGCGCGGAUUUGACGUCCUACGCAAAGUUCUGUCCUUACAAGACACCAAUUCAAGUUCGCGAACAUACGGGAUCUGGUCCUAUUUUCUCGAAGAACCAUUGCAUGAAAUGAUGCCACCAGAUUGGAAUUGGGCGGAUUUUAUCGGUACACAACUACUUCAAAUAUCUAUUAAUCAUCACGACCGUUUACCUAAGGAUCUAGCUGAGAAAUUAGAUUGGGGUAUUAUUCAUGCUGCGCGUUCGAUUCAGAAACGAAAUGUAGGACCGGAUUAUACAAAUAUCGCAAUCAUGGGCACGUAUGUAACAUUAACUACCAGUGAAAUCUACGGUCUAACAGAUCUGCAUGACUAUGCAAUGAAGCGCUUGAGAAUAUUUUCGAAUUUUACAAAAAACAAUGGACGAGCAUUUGCGGAAUACAAUAGUCCAACGUAUACUAUGGUCGCGAUAGAUGAACUGGGAAGAUUACGAAUGCAUGCUAUCGGAGAUGAAGCUAAACAGUUAGUUAACGAACUUUAUCACAUCGGUUGGGAAGAAAUUGCCGAGCAUUAUCAUCGACCAACCGGGCAAUGGAGUGGUCCACACUCGCGUUCAUACGGUAGUCUGUUAGGAGGUGAUGUUACCGGCUUUCUUUCAAACUCUCUGAAUGAGACUUGGGAUCCGCGUCGCCCAUUGCCCAUCCCUGAUGAUUUAACAUCUUAUUUUACAUCGGACUUGGAUAAACCACGUACAGUCUUGAAAACUUAUUCAAAAGAUCCAUUAAAUUUAGUAUCUGACUUAAUCGGUACAACAUAUUUACAUCCAUUGUUUAGCAUUGGAAGUGCACGCUGGGGUGAAAUGUGGAAUCAACGCCGACCCUUAAUCGCCUAUUGGGGCACAAAACAGAAACCCUCGUAUUUACAACUUCGAUUUCUACAUGAUAAUUACGAUUUUUCAAAUGUGGUGUUUUAUAGUGUACAAAAAGAAGAUCGAGUAUUAGCUGGAUUAGUUUUCGCUACCGAUGGCGGUGACACUCAUCUUAGUCUCGAUCGAAUUAGAAAUGCUACGAUCAAAGCAAAGGAUUUACGCAUACGUUUCGAAAUCGGUGGAAGUGAUGUGGAUUCUGCUUGGCAAGCGGCACAAAGACUUUUAGAACCUACAAAAUUUACCUUCGAAAACAUUUCAAUUCAAUUUGCAUUACCUUCUGUGCAAUUUUCAUGUAGCAAUCAAUUGGGAUGNACCGAUGGCGGUGACACUCAUCUUAGUCUCGAUCGAAUUAGAAAUGCUACGAUCAAAGCAAAGGAUUUACGCAUACGUUUCGAAAUCGGUGGAAGUGAUGUGGAUUCUGCUUGGCAAGCGGCACAAAGACUUUUAGAACCUACAAAAUUUACCUUCGAAAACAUUUCAAUUCAAUUUGCAUUACCUUCUGUGCAGUUUUCAUGUAGCAAUCAACUGGGAUGGACAGUUAGCCGUGCAAAUAAUCGUCUUAAUAUCGACUAUGUUCUAUAUACAUCCACUGUAGAACAAACUAUCAAACUUGAUGCAUUAGCUGAAGCAGUAGGAAUAGUUGCAGUGAAACUCUCUUCUACUAAGAAUGACAUAUUGAUUCAACCGAUUACUAUUUCUCAAAACUCAAUGCUUUAUGCUAAAUGGGAUGAUUUGUGUCUGACGAUUCCGUUCAAACCAACGAAUGUAUCAACGCUACGGAAACUUCCGAAAUUUUCUUGUUGA